CUUUAUUCUCUCUCUCUCUCUGACCAACAAAUAACUCAAGAGUUGUGAAAAGCCAAGCACCACGCAUCCAAUCUCCAAUUCCCAGAUUCUUCACCCAUUGACUCCUCUGUGUUUCCCAACUUCCCCAACUUCCACAACCCUCCACCCCAAAAAAUUUGAAAACAGAGAGAGAAAUGAAACGGGACCACGCAAACCUUCGUCAGGAAAGUUUCUCGAGCGGCGUUGGUGGCGCCACAAGCAGCUCCUCCGUAGGCGGUGGAUCUAGUGGUAGCGUUGGAAAUUUCUCGAUGUCAACGACACACGGGAAAUGUAAGAUGUGGGAGGAGAGUGAACAAGACGCCGGAAUGGACGAACUCUUAGCUGGUUUGGGCUACAAAGUGAAAUCAUCAGACAUGGCGGAUGUGGCUCUGAAGCUUGAACAGCUCCAAGAAGUAAUGGGUAGUGUUCAAGAAGAUGGAUUAUCCUAUCUCGCUUCUGAAACUGUUCAUUACAACCCUUCAGAUCUAUCUUCUUGGCUCGAGUCAAUGAUCUCUGAGCUCAACCCACUUCCCAAUUUCGACUCAUCAUCCUCGAUUCAAGACCCUUUUGCCGAAUCUUCAAGUAUUACAACAAUUAGUAACAAUCUCCAAGAUCAAGAUCAAAGUAUUUACAAGCAACCGAGUCAGAACUCAGUUCAAAUCUACGAGGAUGCUUCGUCAGAUUAUGAUCUGAAAGCGAUUCCUGGUAAGGCUAUUUACCCCCAAGUUUUACCUCCACAGCAACAGUAUCAACCCCCGAACAAAAAGUUGAAACCCUCUUCUGAAUCAUCAUCUUCAACCUCGGUUGGUGUUUGGGGGUGUCCAAACAAGUCUGCGUACAGAUCAAUUGAACCGACUCUCUCAGUUGUCCUGGUUAACUCACAAGAGAACGGUAUUCGACUCGUUCUCGCCCUGAUGGCCUGUGCGGAAGCUACCCAACAAAACAACCUCAAACUCGCCGAAGCCCUUGUCAAACAAAUCCGAUUCUUGGCCGUCUCACAAGCCGGAGCUAUGAGGAAGGUCGCCAUAUAUUUCGCCGAAGCUUUGGCCAGAAGAAUCUGUCCUUUGUACCCACAAAACCCACACGACUCAGCCUUCUCAGACCUUCAAAUUCACUUCUACGAGUCCUGUCCGUACCUCAAAUUUGCCCACUUCACAGCGAAUCAAGCAAUCUUGGAGGCCUUUGCGAACAAAAAUCGAGUUCAUGUGAUUGAUUUCAGUAUGAAACAGGGUAUGCAAUGGCCUGCUUUGAUUCAAGCUUUGGCUCUGAGGCCUGGCGGUCCACCCAGUUUCCGAUUGACCGGAAUCGGACCGCCGUCUCAUGAUAAUAGAGACCAUUUACAAGAAGUGGGUUGGAAACUAGCUCAAUUGGCCGAGACAGUUCUUGUGAAGUUUGAAUACAGAGGUUUUGUUGCUAACAGUUUGGCUGAUCUUGAAGCAUCAAUGUUUGAUGUUAGAGAAGAUGAGGUUGUUGCUGUGAAUUCUGUGUUUGAAUUGCACCAAUUAUUGGCUAGGCCAGGGGCUAUUGAGAAAGUUUUAGGCGUGGUGAGAGAAUUGAAGCCGGCAAUAUUGACUGUGGUGGAGCAAGAGGCUAAUCACAAUGGAACUUGGUUCUUAGACCGGUUCAUUGAGUCUUUGCAUUAUUAUUCGACUUUGUUCGAUUCAUUGGAGAGCGGUGGCGGUGGCGGUGGCGGUGGCGGUGGCGGUGGCGGUGGCGGCGGUGGUGGUGUUGGGUUAGUGUCUCCGGUGACUAGUCAAGAUAGGGCAAGGUCUGAAGAGUACCUGGGUAGACAGAUCUUCAAUGUGGUGGCUUGUGAGGGAGUGGACCGGGUUGAGAGGCAUGAGACUUUGGCUCAGUGGCGAAUCCGGUUUAACUCGGCCGGGUUUGGGCCGGUUAAUUUGGGGUCUAACGCGUUUAAGCAGGCUAGCAUGUUGUUAGCUUUGUUUAAUGGGGGUGAAGGGUACAGGGUGGAAGAGAAUGGUGGGUGUUUAAUGUUGGGUUGGCACACAAGGCCACUCAUUUCAACCUCGGCCUGGAAACUCAGCUACUAGCUGAGUUGACUAAGUUGGUAGAGAUAGUGGGGGGUUGGUUCAACUUGGUUCUAGCCUGCCAAACCCUAGCCAUAGUGGUCUGUGCUGAGCUGAGUGCCUUAGUGAGUGAGACCCACCACUCCCAAGUGUCUCCCUUUUUUUUUUUUUUUUUUUUAUUUAACCUAUGAUCACCUUCAUUUUAUAAAAUAAACCCUUUUAAGGAUUUAGCUUCUUUUUUUUGAGGUUUAGUUGUAUAUUCUUCUUUUUUUGGGUUGAAUCUUGUAAUUUUCAGGGGUGAAUCUAAGGGGGUCAAUGUUAAUUCAUAUGUUAGCUUUUCUAUUAAAAAGUUGGGUUGAAUCUUGUAAUUUUCAGGGGUGAAUGUAAGAGGGUCAAUGUGUAUUUAUAUGUUAGCUUUUCUAUUAAAAGUUAGGACUUUUUGAAGACUCCUGCGUGGUUGUGUGACGAUGAUGUACAGGACCAAUUGGUUAGUUGUGGUCCUGUGGAGGUGUAUAGUAGGACUUUAGGAGUGUAAUGAAAAAACAUCCAACUGAUUG